GCUCCACCAACCCUUUCAAACUCGAGAGGCCAGAUACAAAUUAUGCCUACUUAAUUUUAAAGAGAAGGAAGGUGCCCACCAGCCACCAACGUACAACCAAAGCUGCGAAUUGUGAUAUUUAUAUAUAUUUUCCCACUGGCAAUAUUCCUCUACGGUCCCUUCCCUACAGUAAUUCAGCGGUUCCACCCUAGUCCUCCAGGUGUUGAGGAUACUAGCGUCAUUUAGGUACAACAUACUAAAGCAUAACCGUACAGAAUCCUACGCUACAGACUAGAGAGAGUGGUACUCUGGAAUUUGACCUGGGGCCGCCAAGCGGAAAUAAAGCAUUUCUAUUAAGUGUGUCUGCAUCGCAAAAAGGGAGUUGUAGAGAGAAGCUGAUAUGUUGGGAGUUUUGAGGAGAACAGUUGCCUGCCAAGGCAAUCAUGCUUGGGGUUUGGAGCAAGGACUUCGAGUGAUUGCAUCUAGGACUCUUUCUUCUUCAGCAAAGGAGACGAUGACAGUUCGUGAUGCUUUAAACUCGGCACUUGAUGAAGAGAUGUCAGCUGAUCCAAAAGUCUUUGUAAUGGGUGAAGAGGUGGGCGAGUAUCAGGGUGCAUAUAAGAUUACAAAAGGGCUUCUUGACAAGUAUGGUCCGGAGAGAGUAGUGGACACACCCAUCACUGAGGCCGGGUUUACUGGAAUUGGAGUUGGUGCAGCAUAUUACGGUCUAAGGCCUGUAAUUGAGUUCAUGACUUUUAACUUCUCAAUGCAGGCCAUUGAUCACAUUAUUAAUUCUGCUGCAAAAUCAAAUUACAUGUCCUCUGGUCAAAUAUCAGUGCCCAUUGUUUUCAGAGGCCCAAAUGGUGCUGCUGCUGGUGUAGGUGCUCAACAUUCUCAGUGCUAUGCAGCAUGGUUCGGUGCAUGCCCAGGUCUAAAGGUACUGACUCCUUAUUCAUCAGAAGACGCUCGUGGCCUGCUUAAGGCUGCAAUAAGGGAUCCAGAUCCCGUUGUCUUCCUGGAAAAUGAGCUGCUAUAUGGUGAAUCAUUUCCUGUUUCAGCUGAAGUCCUCGACUCUAGUUUCUGUCUUCCUAUUGGGAAAGCCAAGAUAGAACGUGAAGGAAAGGAUGUAACUAUCACUGCUUUCUCGAAGAUGGUCGGCUAUGCUCUUCAGGCUGCGGACAUUCUCGCAAAAGAUGGAAUCAGUGCUGAGGUGAUUAAUCUUCGCUCAAUCCGCCCUCUUGAUAGAGCCACAAUAAAUGCUUCGGUUAGGAAAACAAACAGGCUGGUGACUGUGGAGGAAGGAUUCCCUCAACAUGGUGUUGGUGCUGAGAUCUGCGCAUCUGUUCUUGAAGAUAGUUUUGAGUAUCUUGAUGCAGCUGUUGAGAGGAUUUCAGGAGCUGAUGUUCCUAUGCCCUAUGCUGCAAAUCUUGAGAGAAUGGCUGUCCCACAGAUUGAGGAUAUUGUCCGCGCAGCAAAGAGGACUUGUUACAGAUCAGCUGCUUUGGCUGCAACUGCUUAGAGCUAACAAGAGUGGAAUGCUUUCCCGCCUUUACAUACAUUACAUUUUUUAGAUACUUCUUUCCACCCUUUUCUGGAAUAAGUUCAUAUAGUCCACAUUACCAUAGAGGCUUAACAAGUCUACGUUGAAAGCCUUGUUGCUGAGGAGAGCUUCGUAUGCCUUUUUUGUGAUAAUUUCUUGGUACUCGCCAAACAUGGUAGUAAAUGAGCAAAUUCAAUCUUCUGCUAAA